GAAGAAAUCGCCGGCGCCAGACAGCAGACCGAUGGCUACCGUCGCUCAGUAUUUAAAAUAAUAGAAACUUGUUUAUUUUACUGCAUAUUUAGUGAACUGGUGCUAUGUCUUCGGGAAUGACCGGGCAAACGCCGUGCCUAUCAAGCCGAUGGGAUCAGCCAGCACAACCUAAACAGAAUGUUAAUCAGCAGCGAAGUUGUGAAAAUGCAGCUCACCCUGUCUCCAUACCAGGAGUCUCUUCUAACAGCGGCGUUUCCCAGCCAGGAGAACAGCCGCCACCUUCAGGAGGAGUUGAAAUGGCUGCAGCCAUGGCUGCUAAAAUAAAUGCCAUGUUAAUGGCAAAGGGAAAGCUUUUGACUCCUCCACCUUUACUUGCAAAGAUUCCUCCGAGUGUGCCUGCACAAGUUACAACAGAGGAGAUGGUGGUCACAGAGGUGGAUAUAAACGAUGUACCACUCAAUUGCAGGGAUCUUCUUACAAAAGGAAAGACACAAGAGGAGAUCCGACAGUUUAGUGGAGCUGUUGUCUCCACAAAAGGUCAUUACAUGUCUGAAGCUGACAAGGGAAAGGGAGGAGGACUAAGACCUUUGUAUUUGCAUGUCCAGGGAAAAAGCCAAGAUCAGGUCAACAAGGCUGUGAUGAGGAUAAAGGAGAUCAUCUCUGAGGACGUGUUGAGAGCCUCAGCAGCAUCAGGAGGACAACAGGUGCCCAUAAUGCCACCGCUGACACUCUACCCUCAGCCUCCUCGACCCGUCAUCCCUCCACCUGUGCCAAGGAUGCCCAACAGCAACGCAGCACCAGGGCAGGGGCAUCGGCCUGCCGCUCCUCAUUCAGGGAGUUUUGUGCAUACAAAGGUUUUUGUGGGUCUGGACCAGGCACUGCCUUCAUUUAAUGUGAAUGAGAAGGUCGAGGGUCCCGGAGGGACGUACUUGAGUCACAUCCAGACGGAGACAGGGGCACGAGUCUUUCUCAGGGGAAAAGGUUCUGGGUACAUCGAACAAGCAUCGAAGAGGGAGUCCUUUGAGCCUCUUUAUGUCUACAUCAGCCACCCAAAUGCAGCUGGACUGGAGGCCGCAAAGAAACUCACAGAGAGUCUGCUGGAAACUGUUAGAGCUGAACAUGCCCGUAUGGUGUCAAUGUACACUGCCACAGGCUCAACACAACCAUACCCAGCACAUGGAUUUCCUCCUAAUAGCAAUUACUCUACCCAGGGGUCCUGGUAUAACUACCCAGCAAAUGGGUAUGCUGGCGGCUAUUCAGCGUACCCAGGAGCCAGUGGUUAUUGGAGUAAUGCAAAUACUCCCUCAAGUCAAUCUAACCUGUCGACAAACCCUCCAUCUUCUCAGGCAAUGGUUCAGUAUCCGGUGUGCCCUAGAAAACCACAUCCAUAUCUCGUCCAGGAUCCUGGCAGCAGUGAGACAGUGGAACCUGAAGCAUCUUUAAACACCACGUCUGACACAGGAAGUCCCAAACGUCACUUCCAGGAGGGGGCCAAAGAAGAACAGGUUAGUCCUGCCGGCAGUCCUCCAGAGGGUCCUGCUCAUCAGGAGUCUGCACCUCCUGCCCCCAGUGUUGGAGAGCCAAAGCUAGUAGAAAGGAUUCUGAUGCCUCCUCCACCGCCUCCUUUCAUGGCUCCUGCCCCAGUCUCCCGCAAAAGGCCAAGAGAUGCUGUGACUGAAGAUCCAGGCAGUCCUCCCAUCAUCACCGCGUCAGUGGGUGUUCAAGAAAACGUGAGUGAGAAGAAGGCUAAAGUGGAAGCAGACACAUCAGGGUUAGUGCCCUAUGGAGGGGAUUCCUCCGAUGAAGAGGAGGAGAGGACACGCAGCAGUAAGACCGAUAACUCAUAACCCUUCCUCAGACCCAUCCCCACUCUCCAGGAUACCCACAGACCCAAAAAUCUUGAUAAGUUCUCAAACCCAUUAAAAGGAAAAAAUCCACCUGUGAAUAAUCAUAAACUGUUCAGACUAUAUCAGUGGUGUUUCUACCAAUGUUGCUGCUAAAAACCAUUACUGCAGACCUUCUUUAAUACAUGUGCAUUUCUUUUUUUUCAUCUAAGCUGACAAAAAUGGAAAUCAUCCAUCUUUGUGGGUUUUUGAAGAAUUUCUUGCAUGGAGAAUCUUGUUAGGUUCUUUAAAACACAACUGACAAAGCUUUAUAAAGCGUUGGAUUGACAAUCUUUACACAGCAGUAAUAUGAAGUACAGAGUGUUUAAACCGGUAAAUAGUCACAAAAACACUAGUGUUGUCUUUGUUUCAUCACAAUGUUUAGUGCAAGUUUGAAGACUUUCAAAAUUGUGUUUCUUUGUAGGUUUUUAUUCCUCAGUCAUUUUUACACUCCCAUGGAUCUCAGAGGAUCCAAGCAGGCAGGUGAUUAAAGUCCUUUCUCUUGUAAUAUGAAGUAAUUUUUCGUUGUUUUCUUCAGAUCUUGAAAUUUCUUUAACUUACACUGACAAAACUACAAUUUUGUAGGGAUGCAUGAUAUUAUUGAGGAUAUUAGCUUAAACAGUGAGUUAUCAGUAUAUUUUGGCUAUAAAAAACAGUCUAUAUCAAAUUAGAUAUUGUUUGUAGGAACAAAUAAAUUAUUAGAGCAUUAGGCUGGAGUAACAGGCCAACUUAAGAAAAAUAAAUUUUCUUUUAACAACACCAUUCCUUACACUUUAAGGUCUCUUGUAAGGUCUGAAAUGUUUUCAUUUAGUCAUCCUCAAAUUAAAAUUGUGUAUUUUAAGGACUGAUGUCUGGACUAUUUUUAAAUAUUUGUAUUGGCUAAAAAUAAUCUGUAAACAUCAGCAUAUAGGAUAUCACUUACAAUCCAAUAUCAUGCAUCCCUGUGAUUUUGCAGUGAUAAAAAGAAAAUUUAAGUCAAUUUUUUUGUUAGUUUUGGGGUUAGAGGUAGUUUUCAUCAUGACAAAUUUUGAGUUCAUCUUAAUAUCUUAAGAUAGCAAAGAUUAUCUCAUAAAAACAAGUAAUGGGAUGGUGGCAAACAAAACAGGCAUGUCGUUGUGACAGAUUAACCACAAUGUGUCAUACUGUCAAUGCCGAUACUAACAGGUAGGUUUUAGCCUAUUUCUGUGUUUGUUCCUGGGCUUUUUCAUUUGGGGAUACAAGAUAAUUAAGUUGAGAUCACAAGAAAACAACUUGAAAUUACAUGGGAUUUUUAAGAAAUAAAAUGUAAGGAUGCAGCUUGCUUAGGGCUUAUGUAGUCUGUCAAAGAGAGGAUAUGAACCAGUUUGUUUUUAGCAAAUGUAGGCAUAUAUGCCCACAUAAAGGACAUGUAAAUAUAGAAAUAUGGAUAGCCUGCCAAUGAGUUCAUUGUCACUGAGCAUGCUUGUUGCCAUAAGACUGUCGAGGCUUCACACUGCAAGGCUUCAUGUUAAUAAUAUGGUUUUAGGAAACACUGAAGUUUUCCUCUGUAGUUUCUGCAUCUAAUGCAACUUUUAUUUUCAACAGUCUGACUAUAAAUGUGCACUCAGAAAUAUUCAUCAGCUGAGAUUUUUUUUCUGCUUAAGCAAUGAGUGCCAGUAUCAGACAACCAGCCAGUUUAACAGUGUGGGAUCAUUCAGGGUGGAUUUUUUCUUUAAAGAUGUGAAAACAGCUGUAUGAUAACUACCAAUAUUUUUCCCUUAAAACACUUUUAUUUCUCUUUCAAAGCACCUUCUUCUUAUUGAAAACAAGCCCCACAUUUCUUUUUUUAAACUGAAACACUCGGACUGUUGCAGGUUCUGAUGAUAUAAAUACAUAUUGUAAAAUUCAGUGAAACUUUUUCUUAUCUGGAAAAUGGUGUAUGCCUGUUCCCAUGGAAUAUAAUAAUAAAAAGUUGAAACUUC